AUAUUAAAUAUUCUUAACAACAUCUCGAUAAUGGCUUCUCUUGGCUUGAUCCUCUGUCUUUUCUCGGUUCUUCUCCUGAGCCUUUGUCAGAUUCCAACAGCUAUUGAAGAUGAAAGAAAGGCAAAGGAGCUAGCAAGGGGCUGCGCUAGCGGUUGCCUAAACACGGUGAAGGGAAAGAUUGUUGUGUGCGAUGUUCCAAAUGAUGUUAUGGAACAGAAAGCAGGGGGUGCGGUUGGAACUAUUCUUCAUGUAACCGAUGUUGAUACUCCCGGUCUUGGUCCUAUUGCGGUUGCAACCUUAGAUGAUUCCAAUUAUGAAGCAUUCAGAUCUUACGUUCUCUCCUCACCAAACCCGCAAGGAACUAUAUUGAAGAGUGGGACAGUUAAAGACAAUGAUGCUCCGAUCGUUGCUAGUUUCUCUUCUCGUGGUCCAAACACUCUCUUUAGCGACAUUUUGAAGCCGGAUAUUACAGCUCCAGGAGUGAAUAUAUUAGCGGCAUAUACACCAUUGGCUCAAACCGCGCUUCCUGGACAAAGUGUCGAUUACUAUUUCAUGACUGGAACAUCUAUGGCUUGUCCUCAUGUCGCAGGUGUAGCUGCUUAUGUCAAGACACUACGUCCUGAUUGGUCCGCUUCUGCCGUCAAAUCUGCUAUCAUGACUACCGCUUGGGCAAUGAACGUUUCGAAAAAUGCAGAUGCUGAGUUUGCGUAUGGAUCAGGAUAUGUUAACCCUUCAGUAGCAGUUGAGCCAGGACUUGUUUACGAAAUCGCUAAAGAGGAUUACUUGAACAUGCUUUGCUCUUUGGACUACUCAUCCAAAGGCAUUAGUACUCUCGCGGGCGGUUCCUUUACUUGUUCUGAAAAAUCUAAGCUUACUAUGAGAAACCUCAACUACCCAGCAAUGACAGCCAAAGUUUCAGCCUCAUCAUCUUCAGAUAUCACUUUUUCAAGAACCGUCACAAACGUUGGGGAAAAGGGAUCCACUUACAAGGCAAAACUGUCUGGGAAUCCAAAACUCAGCAUCAAGGUUGAGCCAGAGACUCUCUAUUUCAAGUCACCGGGGGAGAAGAAGUCUUUCACUGUUACAGUCUCUGGCAAGAGUCUUGCUGGUAUUUCUAGUAUUGUGUCGGCGUCUCUUGUUUGGUCGGAUGGAUUACGCAAUGUGAGAAGUCCUAUUGUUGUGUAUACUUAGGCAUCAACUCCAACCUCAAGACAAUAAAAGUAUUUGAUGUUA